GUAAUUUUGAGUCAUAAGACUUAAGUAAUUGACAUGAUAAACGCUAUUCUAUCUCAGGUUAUCACGCAGAUUUCAAAUCGUUUCAGGUUUAAACAUUAGUCAGCUAUACUGGACCUUCGAUUGCUCCAAAAUUCGCUUAGCAAGAUGCAGUUGACUUUGCUGAGCAGAGUCUUCUUAGUAUUUGCAUUGCUCAGCCAUUUGCCAUGGUCAUGUGCAGCCAAGGAAAGCUCCAAGCCUCAUAUCAUAUUCAUUGUAGCAGACGACUUGGGUUGGGAUGAUGUAAGUUUUCAUGGGUCUGACCAGAUUCCUACACCAAACAUCGACAAACUUGCAAAGGAUGGUGUUAUCCUGAACAAUUAUUAUGUACAACCCAUAUGCACUCCCACACGAAGUGCGAUUAUGACUGGCAAACAUCCAAUCCAUACAGGUAUGCAGUCUGGUGUUAUUUUGGCUGCACAACCAUAUGGACUGGGUUUGAAUGAGACUCUCAUUCCACAGUACCUUAAAGAAUUUGGAUAUGCAACUCAUGGAGUUGGCAAGUGGCAUCUGGGUUUCUUCAAGUCGGAAUACACUCCCACUAAGCGUGGAUUUGAUUCAUUCUUUGGCUAUUGGAGUGGUAAGGAAGAUUACUGGGAUCACUCAUCAGAUGCCCCUGGCCAAGGGUGGGGAUUGGAUUUCCAUAACAACACCGAGAAUGACUUUACCAAAUGGGGCAUGUACAGCACUGAACUGUUCACCACUUUGGCGGUUGACAUUAUCCAGUCACAUAAUCAUUCCAAGCCUUUGUAUCUGUACCUACCCCAUCAAGCAGUACACAGUGCAAAUGGAAUACAGCCCCUUCAAGCCCCUGAGAAACUAAUCAAGAAGUUUAAGCACAUUGAGGAUGAGCGAAGGAGGAUCUAUGCUGCAAUGGUUACUGCCUUGGAUGAUUCUGUUGGAAAGGUAGCAGACGCCUUGGUAGCGAACGGUUUGUACAAUAACUCUGUGAUCGUAUUCACUACAGACAAUGGCGGCCCGGCAAACGGGUUUGACAAGAACAUGGCAUCCAACUUUCCUUUGCGUGGAGUGAAAGCUACUUUGUGGGAAGGCGGAGUUCGCGGAGCAGCGUUUGUUCACAGUCCCUUGUUAAAGUCAAGUGGCCGAGUAAGCCUGGACCUGAUGCACGUGUCUGACUGGGUUCCUACCUUAUAUGGUUUGGCGGGAGGAGACACCAGCAAGCUUACUGACCUUGAUGGGGUCGAUAUGUGGGAUACCAUCUCCAAGGGAGAGAGUUCCCCCCGUCAAGAAUUACUGCACAACAUUCAUCCAAGUGGCGGGGAGGCUGCUAUGCGGUAUGGCCAAUGGAAGAUAGUUGUUAAUGCAAGCAAAGGCUGGAAUGGAUGGUAUCCUCCACCCGAAUACGAGAAAUCAAACAUCUAUAACAACACCUUAAAAAACGCAGCGGUGAAAUGCGACCAACCGCCCAGUGACCCACCAACGUGCACCAAGUCUGAAGGACCUUGCUUGUUUGAUAUCGAGAAAGAUCCUUGCGAGUAUGUGAAUCUGGCGAGUCAACACAACGACAUCGUUCAGGAACUGUUGGCAAAGUUGGAGAAAUACAGAAAAUCUAGUGUUACGCCCAGAAACCAGCCUAUAGACCCUAAGGCGAAUCCAAUAUAUCAUGGUGGAGCUUGGAUUGCAUGGGACGAUUAGAGUUAUUCUUGAUCUAGUGUCCUGAAUCCUAAUCCAAAGUAACAUUUUUCUGGUCAGUCGUUGCAAUAGCUUUUAUCAGUUUGAAGACACUCAAUUGAAAUACGCUGCUUUGCUGCAGAAAAAAAUUUGGACUUAGAGAUUAUAUGGAGAGUUAAAUUGUGGCAAACUCUAGAUGUUGUAGAAUAGCUCACCUAUCAGUAGCUGGCGACACACGCCUUUACUAUCUAUUAGCCUCACUAACGCCGACAUGUUAGGCCAAAAUGAGCAUUAUGUUUUUCAUUGUCACAUCAAAGCAUUUGCUGAACUGAAAGACAGCCGAGUUUGGAUUGGAAACUAACGCGAAAGUAUGAUCUAAAAAAAUAACGAUGGUGUGGGGUUAGGAUAGGUGGGAUAAUUUUUGUAGGUUAACGAUUUUUAAAAAAUCACUCAGAGGCAGAAAUAUUUUCGAGAUUAAGAAUUUUAAUCAGUUGGUGGAUUCAAUAAAGACAAAGUGUUGGAAAGUAAAAUUUGACUGAAUAAAUGUGUAGCAAU